AUGGCCGACAAAUACAUCCCCGAGCACCGCCGCACGACGUUCAAGGCCAAGAGCGCGUUCAAGCCGGACGAACUCCGUCGCCGCCGUGAAGAGCAACAGGUCGAGAUCCGUCGAGCAAAGCGUGAAGAGAACCUUGCCAAGCGCCGUGGUAUUUCUGGACGAGACCAACCCGGUGCCUCACUGGGCGCUGCCCCCGACAGCGACGAUGAGGGCGGCAAUAUCGAGAGCCAGUUGAACGAAGAGCUCCCCCAGAUGGUCAAGGGCGUCUUCUCGGAACAGAUCGAUGAGCAGAUCCAGGCCACAACCAAGUUCCGUAAGCUCCUCUCUAAGGAGCGCAACCCGCCCAUUGAGCGCGUUAUCGAGACGGGCGUAGUGAGCCGCUUUGUCGAGUUCCUCCGCUCGCCGCACACACUGGUACAAUUUGAGGCUGCUUGGGCCCUUACCAACAUCGCCUCUGGCUCGGCACAGCAGACACAGGUCGUCAUCGAGGCGGGCGCAGUGCCCAUCUUUGUCGAGCUGCUCAGCAGCCACGAGCCAGACGUGCGGGAGCAAGCUGUCUGGGCCCUAGGUAACAUUGCUGGAGACAGCCCCGCAUGCCGCGACUUUGUGUUGCAGGCGGGUGCUCUCCGCCCGCUGCUUGCUCUGCUGGGUGACAGCCGCAAGCUGAGCAUGCUGCGCAAUGCCACAUGGACCCUCAGCAACUUCUGCCGUGGCAAGACCCCUCAGCCCGACUGGCAAACUAUCCAGCCCGCCCUUCCCGUGCUUGCUAAGCUUGUCUACUCCCUUGACGACGAGGUCCUCAUCGACGCCUGCUGGGCCAUCUCAUACCUGUCCGAUGGCUCCAAUGACAAGAUCCAGGCCGUUAUCGAGGCUGGCAUCCCCCGCCGUCUUGUCGAGCUGCUGAUGCACGCCUCCACGUCUGUCCAGACACCCGCCCUGCGCUCGGUUGGCAACAUUGUCACUGGUGAUGACGUCCAGACCCAAGUCAUCAUCAACUGCGGGGCGCUCCCAGCCCUGCUGUCGCUCCUGAGCUCCACCAAGGAUGGUAUCCGCAAGGAGGCCUGCUGGACCAUCUCCAACAUCACCGCCGGCAACUCUACCCAGAUCCAGGCUGUCAUUGACGCCAACAUUAUUCCUCCUCUGAUCCACCUCCUCCAGAAUGGCGACUUCAAGACACGAAAGGAGGCAUGCUGGGCCAUUUCCAACGCCACGAGCGGUGGUCUGCAGAAGCCUGCCCAGAUCCGUUACCUGGUCCAGAGCGGCUGCAUCAAGCCCCUCUGCGACCUGCUCGCGUGCCCCGACAACAAGAUUAUCCAAGUCGCCCUCGAUGGUCUAGAGAACAUUCUCAAGGUCGGAGAGAUGGACAAGGAGGCCAGCGAGGGUGGUACUGGUGGUGAGCCCAUCAACCGCUACGCUCUUUUCAUUGAGGAAGUUGGCGGCAUGGAGAAGAUCCACGAGUGCCAGAACAACGCCAAUGAGGAGAUUUACAUGAAGGCGUACAAUAUUAUCGAAAAGUACUUUUCUGACGAUGAGGGUGAGGCGGAGAACAUGGCUGAGGGCGGACCCCAGGUCAACCAGGAGGGUCACUUUGGCUUUGGAGCUGCUGGCCAACAGCAACAACAAAACUUCAACUUUGCCAAUGGAGGCGACUCAAUGGACAUGUAA